GUCUUGCCAUCGGCGCGUACGCGCUGUUCAUGAUGGAGCAGAAGAAAAAUCCCGCCCUGAGCGGCCUCCCAAUUGCCCAGCGUGGGAAAAUGACCUCGAAGCUCUACAAGGCGCUUGCCCCUGCUGAGCGUGCUGCACUGGAGAAGCGUGCCAAGGCCAUGCCGUCGCUGAAGCGCGCCAAGAAGCCCAAGGCAGGCGCGAAGGGUGAAGAGAAACCGAAGCGUGCCCCGUCGAAGUACGCGCAGUUUGUGAAGGCCAACCUGCCCAAGUACAGCCAGUUACCCAACAAGGAAAGGCUCGCUGCGGUGGCAAAGCUGUGGAAGCAGCAGCAGCAGCUGCAACAACAACGGCAGCACCCGCAGGUGCUGCAGCAACGGCAACAACCGCAGAAGAGGAGGGUGUAA